GGUACCUGCAUGCAUUGAGGUGGUUCCUUCUUAGCCAUGAUCAAAUUGACCAGAGCGCGGUCUUCAGUUGUGCCCCGCACUCGAUUUGUUGAACUCUGUUUAUCUUUCUUUCGACUCUUCGAAUCACAGAUGCUCUAGUCUCAUUCUUCGCUAGUCACAUCUUUACUCCAGUCUUUAAAAUGCCGACCAGGGCCUUCCGAGGACUUGGUUUCUCGUCUUUACUCUGCUGUCUUUCAUCAACAUGCGAAUGUAAAAAGUCAAGUUGACGUGAUCAGAAUGUCCUCUUUCUUUAUUGCUGGCCAAAGGCGUAACCCUUGAAGCCGCGUCGCUUGCUCAUCCGAGCAGCACUGAGUGCUUCUAAGACGACUAACACGGCCUCCACGAGGCAAAAAAGUUGCAGUCAAGCGGGCUUGAUGAAAUGGACUACCGCAAUGUGUAUAUCAUGCAGUUCAACGUAUUUGGUUUGGUUAUGGCGACACACCGCAGCCGUACACCAGACAUGACCACAGCAUCAACCCGUCUGAAGGAGAUACGAGGACGCCCUUCCGAUCUGUUUCCCCGGGACUAUUUAGGUGGUCUACAAACAGUAUGUCAACAUGAUGAUCGACAAUCGAAGACGGAUGGUCACUCACCCUUUCGUGGCCGAACGAAUCGUUGUGGGAAGUAUACCGCUAUAUCACGGCCCCGGGACAUAGAGGUAUCGACAAAAUUGGAUCUCCAGCUCCAUGUAGCAGCUUGCUCCGGCACCUCCCUGAACUGGUAUCGAAAGGGGCAUAUUCGAAAAUUCAUCGUAUCGAUCAAAGCUUUAUAACAAGUGGUUGCAAGGAAGCUAACGACUCGCUAUCGCAUGAGAGAGAAUUCCGAUACUGCCAUCGGCUCAAGCAUUCGCAUUUCAGCUUGCCUAAAGAGCCAGAUGUCACCAGAUGCCUGGGCGGUUACAAAUGACCUUGACACCCAACCGGAAAAUCUCUUUUCUGUCAACCACAAAUUAUACCGAAGCGCUGAAUUUUGCGCGUGGAUGGCCUCCGAAAAUCCAAGAAGGACUAUCCUUACAUCCCGAGUCGACGCGGAAGUUCUCUUCCAAAUAACCUUUGAAUCCGGACGAAGCCAAAGAUAUUACAUCCCCAGCUUGUCAUCCUGCAACAACUUCAGGUUACGUCCUGCCAUCGAGCCCUUUUUUUUUCUGGUUGAAGAAACUAUUACCAAUCGCAACUUAGCAUGGUCGAAGCUUCGCAACAAAAUAUUCGCACGGAGGUGCGGUGGGCUCGUGUUGUCUCGCAAGGGCUCUCACACAAGCAUAUGACUGCAGUCCCAAAAGGGGAGCAUUUCUCUGCUGUAGCGUUUGAUACAAGAGUAGGAAGAUGAAAGCAUGUCGAAAAGGUCUCUAUUAUCAACAUGCUGUGGUAUUGAGAUAUCUGGUGUCGGUGUGGUGAUACAGAUACUGGUGGACUGUACGGUUGACAACAGACUUAAGCUGCACUUAUAAGAUAAGAGGUAGUCUAUGUACGGGCGACGAGUCUGGGCGGUACCUAAUAGCGGCAUGUACAUACACGUGUACCUACUACGAGUUGGCCACACCGCAUGUGCACACAGGGUCGAGUCGAUUUUCUGUUACGUACAGCCACCGAAGUUCAUUCCUCAACUUGAAUGCUUCGAGGUCACUUGAUGUCGACAUUCUUUGCGAUCCCGCCGGGAUCGCAACUUCGAUAGGCCCCUCAAAGUUUCUAAGAGCCACUCCACUUCAAGCCCCUGUUUGCCUUUGGGUAACAGCGGCUAACAGCGGAGAUGUCAUCCUCCCCGCCAUCGGCUCAUGGUUAUCUUCAAAUAUUUUUAAUCCACUUCAAAGAUCGAGUCAUCUUUUCUGUGACUCCAUCUGGCACAUUCAUAUGAAACCGGAGUAUUUAACUAUCAGCCCCCUCACAUUUUGAAUUGUAUACUACACUGAACAUCAAUACAUAAACUCUGCGGAGCAAGUACACGGAUCCCGGCCGACAUUGCGGAGUUCAACCCAUCCGUUCCCCGAAAUUCAUCAACACUACACCCGGCCACAAUGGGGGAAGCACUCAUCAACGGCUCCGGCGCCGUCUCCAACGUCAGUGCCUUGGAAACGCUUGGUCCCGCAGCCAAGCUAACGGACGCCGACCCUUCUGAGAUCCCACCUGCAUCAGGCCCCGGCCGGGAGAAUGCAGUCACCAUCAGCGACAUCCUCGAGAGGCGUGCCAAAGCUGGCAGACUCAUUGCACCGACCGCUUCGUACGCGGAUAGCGACAUGUUUAAGGGUCCGCAAGUAGGAAAACCCAAAUCCAAGUCUAUGAACCAUCACCUCUCCGCCGAAUCCCUUUCCCGCCACCCCUGUGCCCUUAAACAAGCCGCCCGCCACCUCAAAAACCCCAACAUCAUCUCCCUCGGCGGCGGCCUUCCCUGCGCCGAGUACUUCCCCAUCGAAUCCAUCACCCUCAAGGUACCCACACCGCCUGACUUCUCCGAAGCCGCCACGUCCCAGUCCGGGGCCGAAGUCCGCAUCGGCAAGUACGACGCCACCGACCCUUCCAUCCAGGGCACCUACGACCUGGCCGUUGCGCUCAACUACGCACAAGCCUCCGGCUCCGCCCAGCUGUUGAGGUUCGUCACUGAGCACACUGAAUUGGUCCACAACCCGCCUUACAGUGACUGGCGGUCCUGCCUGACGAUAGGCAGCACGGGUGCUCUGGAGCAGACUCUUCGCAUGCUCUGUGACGGGCCGGGGAGGCGUGACAGUCUUUUGACGGAGGAGUAUUCGUUCUCCACGGCUCUGGAGACGGCGGGGCCGUUGGACCUAAAGGUGGUGGGUGUCAAGAUGGAUGGGCAGGGGUUAUUGCCGGAAGCGAUGGAUGAGCUUUUGUCGAACUGGAAUCCGGAAGAGAGAGAGGGCAGGAGGAAGCCGCAUGUGCUGUACACGGUGCCGAGCGGACAGAAUCCCACGGGCACCACGCAGGGGUUGGAGAGGAGGAAGCAGGUGUAUGAGGUGGCGAGGAAGCACGAUUUGUUUGUGAUUGAGGACGAGCCGUAUUAUUAUCUUCAGAUGCCGUUGGAGGAGUCCAAGGAGACGGAAUCGGAGGAGGAGACAGUGGAAUCCUUCAUGUCCUCACUCAUCCCCUCCCUCUUGUCCCUGGAUGUCGACGGCCGCGUCCUGCGCAUGGAUUCCUUCUCCAAGGUGGUCGUUCCGGGAUCGCGUGUCGGAUGGGUGACGGCCUCGGAGAAUAUCAUCGAGCAGUACCUCCGGCACGCCGAGGUGUGCAACCAAGGCGCCAACGGCAUCUCGCAGGUGAUCCUGUACAAGCUGCUGGACGAGCAAUGGGGACAUGAGGGGUACUUCAAGUGGUUGAUGAAUCUGAGGCAGGAGUAUACCAAGCGGAGGGAUACCAUGGUGACGGCGGCUGAGAAGUUCUUGCCCAAGGAGGUGGUGAGCUGGACUGUGCCUGUUGCUGGCAUGUUUUACUGGCUCAAGAUCGACCACUCCCAGCACCCCGGUAUUCAGGCUGGAAAAGGCAUUUUGGAAGUUGAAGAGGAGAUCUUCAACUCUUGCAUCGCCAGGGGCGUUUUGGUCGCUCGAGGAUCUUGGUUCCGCGCUGAACAAGAUACAGAGCCGAACGAGCUUUUCUUCCGCGCGACGUUUGCGGCAGCAACGGCCGAGAACAUGACAGAGGCAAUUAGAAGGUUUGGAGAGGCCAUCAGAGAGAGCUUCAAGUUGUGAUCAAUGUCAUUGUUGGCUAUUGAUGGAACAUGAUUUUGGGUGCAGAGCGUUCCUUUUGGAUAUGGGUACGGCAUUGAUAUACAGCAAGUUUACAGGAACUGGUAGCCAACAUAGAUGGAAUAGCGAAACGUUGCACUCAAUGAGAAGUACCAGUGGUAUUAUGAGCAGAGACAUGAACCGCCUAAACCGGGGAUGCCAAAGUCUUACGUCGUAGGUAGGUUAGGUAUAUACAAUGCUACUGGUUCAAAC